UGGGAUUACAGGUGUGAGCCACUGCGUCUGGCCCUCACCAGACAUUUCAAAGACCUCGGAAUAUAGCUCUUCCUUUCAGAGACAGACCAGUAGCAAUUCAUCGAUCGAGAGACUUUCACUCAGUGUCCACUCUGGGCAAAUCAUCCUAUUAGGAAAUAUGGAAGAAACCCCAGAACAUUUCCAACAUAGGCAAGCAGCUCUCAUUUUAGUUGGAAAGAGAAGAGAGUCCUGUAGAUGAAAAGAGGAGCCCUAAAGAGGAUGUGGGAGAUGCUCAGGUACUUAAAUUACAUGAUCCCAUUUGAUCAUCAUCACCACAAAGUAACAGCAGCAUUCUUAUUCCCAUUAUACGGAUGAGCAUACUGAGAGCAGAGAGGUUAAAUGACUUGCUCAUGGUCACACAGCUGGUAAAUGGCAAUAAAAUGCUCAUUCUUAGUCUGCUUGACUCUCAUAGGGCCAGAAUCCAAGUGAAGUUUUCAUAUUGAUUUUGCCUCCCUACUGAUUUUGUCAGGGAUAAGCAUAUGUUUUAGAAAAACAAAAUGACAUUUGCCGUGCUUCCCUUCACUCUAUUCCUUAAGGGGAGCUGAGGAACCACUAGCUUUAGAUCUGAAGCUUUAAUGUCCUCUGUUGAUAAACGAUAUUUCUAAAUAAAUAAUCAUCCUUGUCCAUUUGUGUUUCCACGACCAGAUCUCCUUUUCCUGACUGAAUACUCCCUUCCCCCACUAACAUCUUCCCACGUUCGCUUAGCUUCUUUCUCUCUUUCCCUUUCCUCAUACACACAAAUUCAGACACACACCUUCCCACCUCACACCCAUAUGCAAAAUAAAAUUAGAAAUACCACCCGACUCACAAGGUAUUUGGGGAAUGGAGAUCUUCAGUCAGUAUACCCAAACCCAAGCACCCCAGCCAGGCUCCCUCCCUACCAAGCCCAUGUGAGAGGCAGACAGAGCUUGUGAAAAGGGGCCCAGACGGCCACGAUUAUGAGACAAAGCUGCUCUGAAGGGAAAAGGGCCAUGUGUGCCUCCCCGUGUCUGCCCUGUGGCCACUGGAACUCACAGGGCUACCAGCUGCUCACGGCCACCAUGUGGCAUAUACUGUUCCUUCACUUACAUGUCAGAUCCUUUUAGAACGUGAAAAGAUUUCCUGGCCUCUUUUUUAUUUUGAUGUAUGCUGAUAAAUUACAGAGGAAACAGUGUUUGGUUAUUCAAGAAUACAGGCUGAGCUGAUCAGCAUAUGGCCCUUAUUUCAAGGGAUUGCUCUUGUUUUAAUCAGCCAGUUGAGAAAGCAAUAAAUAAUUAUUUAUUUAUUAAGUAUGCCAUCGCCCAGAGGAGAGGAACAGGGCAGGUAGGUGAGCCCUGACACCCAGGACAUUGAGGAUGGUGAUGGCACCAAUAUUCCUGCAGUGUUUGAUGCUUUUAAGGCUCUGCUCCCCCUACCCCCCACUAUUUGAAACAUACUGGUGUCACUACCCUCUUGGCGCAUGACAGUGCCCACCUUAGAAUAGCGGAGCCCUGGAAGGGAAAGGAAAUAGAAAUAAGAAGAUGGGGGUGGGGCUCGAAGAAGAAGCUCCAAGUUCAAGCUCUGUGUCUGGAUAAACUCCCAUUGUCUUUCCUUCUCCCAAAUCAGAGCUGCCUGUGGGUCCCAGGGUGAUGCUGGGUUGUGUAGAGGCUGAGCGCAGAAGCAUUAAUGCUAGAACCAGGUUCAAGUCCAGGCUCUGUCACUUAAUGGCUGUGUGACCUUAGACAUGCGACUUAGCUUCUCUGAGCUUCAACCUCCUCAUCCCCAGAAUGGGGCUCAGCCAGCUUCACAGAUCAGGCUGAGAGGAUUAAGGAAGCGUCUUAUGCUAAAGGCUUAGCACAGUGCCUGCUACCUAGUAGGGGCCCGAUAAGUAGUGUCUCUAAUUAUGAUCUAAUCAAGCAAUGCUUGCCCUGGGCAGGCCCUGUUUAAGGGUUUUACAUAGAUUGUCACUUAACCCUCACAUCUCUAUUUUACAGAUGAGGAAACUGGAAUCUAAGAGCACACUGGAAUUUACAGACGAAGAAACUGGAAUCUGAGAUCUCACAGUAGUGAAUGGAAUGUAAUCGAGGAUGCUGGCCCUGCGGCUGCUCAACGUGGUGGCCCCCGCCUACUUCUUGUGCAUCUCCCUGGUGACCUUCGUGCUGCAGCUCUUCCUCUUCCUGCCCAGCAUGCGCGAGGACCCCGCGGCCGCCCGGCUUUUCUCGCCCGCCUUGCUCCACGGGGCGCUCUUCCUAUUCCUCUCGGCCAACGCCCUGGGCAAUUACGUCCUUGUCAUCCAGAACUCCCCAGACGACCUGGGGGCCUGCCAGGGGGCCUCGGCCAGGAAGACUCCAUGCCCCUCACCUAGCACCCACUUCUGCCGAGUGUGCGCCAGAGUCACCCUGAGGCACGACCAUCACUGUUUCUUCACCGGCAACUGCAUCGGCAGCAGGAACAUGCGCAACUUCGUCCUGUUCUGUCUCUACACCUCCCUGGCCUGCCUCUACUCCAUGGUGGCCGGCGUGGCCUACAUCUCCGCUGUCCUUUCCAUCUCCUUCGCCCACCCCUUGGCCUUCCUCACGCUCCUGCCCACCUCCAUCAGCCAGUUCUUCUCCGGAGCUGUCCUGGGUUCUGAAAUGUUCGUCAUCCUCAUGCUCUACCUCUGGUUCGCCAUCGGCCUGGCCUGCGCCGGCUUCUGCUGCCACCAGCUGCUGUUGAUCCUCCGCGGGCAGACCCGCCACCAGGUGCGGAAGGGGGUGGCAGUGAGGGCCCGGCCCUGGCGCAAGAACUUACAAGAGGUCUUCGGAAAGAGGUGGCUGCUGGGCCUGCUGGUCCCCAUGUUCAAUGUCGGAAGUGAGAGCUCCAAGCAGCAGGAUAAGUAGUAGACACUCCCGUCAUUUAUCUCUCUGUCUCUGUCUUGACUCCUCAUGAGCAUAAAACCAUGGCAGCCUUGUCUCCACCCAUGACUCACUACAACCUUGUGCUAGUAAAGUCCUAGCAUCUUCCCCUCGCCUUCCACCCAUGAGAACAGCAUGGGCUGGUGGAUCGUGACAAGGAGGAAAAAUGUCCCCCCAGGCAUUUCUAGGCUCCUCACGAGCCAGCCAGGUGGCUGCUAGCCGUUAGGCUGCCUCUGCUUUCCUUCCGUCCCCUUGGGAUCCCUGCUUUCCCCCUCUUCCUGGCUCAUCCAUUCUCCACUAUGUCUCAUUCAUCACUGCUGUCUGCUAGAGCCCUUCCUCUCAGCCUCCAUGUUGGGAGAGGGGAGUGGAUUCUUGCUGCUGGUAUGAGACUCCCUGGGACCUAGAGGCUGGCAAAUGUUUAAAAUCACCAUGUGUAAGAGGCAGCCAAGUCAGCUCUGCCAACUGCUAGGGGAGUUGGGAAAGAAUGGGUGUGUGUCGGCAUCCCCUCUGUAGGAAAAAGAACUCAGUAGCUUGCUGCUCCCUCAGCCCCCCACCUGUUUCAAGACCCUUCCUCUGGGAGACAGCAAUCAAUGGCCUGCUUUUUCCAAAUGUUAUUCCCUGUCCACCCUGCCCCAACUGGCCGGCCAAGCCCAGUCCAGGACGUGGCUGGAUGCUUCCUCUCCCUGGAACUCUUCCAGCCUUUCUACUUGAUCUCCAGCCCCCAGGUCUUUGCCAGAUGAUGGGAAGGCAAGGAAGAAGGGACAGGGAAAGAUGAUUACUGAUAAAUGAAGGGGGCAUUCAACUGUGUAACCAUAUGGAAGUGUAUGUGUGUGUGUGUGUGUGUGUGUGAGAGAGAGAGAGAGAGAGAGAGAUGGGUGGUGGUGAGAAGUGUUGUUAGAAACAUACAGGAAUAAUGCCUAGGGGGAAGGGAGAAGUGAGAGGGACAAUUGGGUUCAUUUAUGCCCUAUACAAAGGGCAUUCCAGCAGCUGAAACUGUUCAAUGUUUGAAUGGCUGCCUGUGAAGGUAGUGAGUGCCCCAUCACUGGAGGUAUUUCAGCAGAGUCUAGGCAGUCGUCUGCCAGGCAUACUGUGGAAGGGAUUUCUGUACAGGGUCAUUCUAGGUGAGCUUACACAUUCAUUCCAACCCCAAGGUCUGGUGACCUGAUUGUGAUUGCUGGACCCAGAGGCAAGAUCCACGGAGAUGCCUGUGAGAUAUUUGCUUUCCUAGAGGGGUGUGUGGGCAUGGGAGGGGUCUGAAAAUCAGGACCCAACCCUGCCACUGAAGAGAGUCUCUGCAGAGACAGGGCUACCUGGGUGGUUGAGGGGACUGGCAUUUGAGGACAGGGAGAUGGAACAGUGUCAUUGUUGGUGGCAGGGUGUGGGGGGCAGAGGUGAGUUAAGGCUGAGGAGUGGAGAUGACCAGAAUAUAAGGGUGCAAUUCCCAGACCAUCCCUGUGCAUCUGGCUGACUCUGGUGGAGGCACUGCUGUGUGUUUUCUGAAACCCAGAGGACCAGACCCCAGGGGCAUAUAAGGGAGUAGGGACAACACAAGUGCCCCCUCCUGACUGGGUCCCAAAGCCAAUAUGACAUCCAUGCAGGCAGCAGUGCUGAAUCCAUGCCCUGCAAUGUCCAACCGCCGACCACAGCGACCUGCUGAUAGCUGCACAACAGCCUGGGUUCUUAAGCAGAGAUUGGGAGGACUUUACUGUGGUUCUGCCUUCAUGCCCCCUAGAGAGCUAAUGUAGUAUUGGCUCCACCUGCUCAUGUUUCUCCCUCCCAUACUCAUUCGUUCAUUCAUCCAUCCUACGUAUAUUUAUUGAGUGCCAACUACGUUCCCAGCCUCUUCCAGGCACUGGCAAUGCAGUGGUGAACAGGAUGACAAGAUUCACUCCAUCAGGGGCACCUCGUCACUGCCGUCUGCACUGAUUCACACCCCCUGAAAAAUGGUCACUCUGCCACCUUGGUGGUUGGUGGGGCAGGUCAUUUGGAAAGAAAGAAUGUGAUAGAGAUGGCUGAAGGGGGGAAGCCUAGGCUGCCUCAAUGGAGGAGUAACUGGGGGCAUCUUCACCCCCCAGUUCUGGCCAUACUUAAGCAAUGGGAGGGAGAGGGAGGAGGGGAAGGUCUGGGCAAUUUUGGCCUUGACUCUUUCCUGACCCCAGAGCUUAAGCUUAGAAGCCAGCCCUGCCAUUUCCAGCCUCCUGAAGGCUCAGCACGGUGAGGCCUGACAUCCUGGGGAAGGGCAACAGGGAUGUUGGCUGCUUGCAGACUGGUCAAUGGGGGAUGACGGUGGGGAGGUUGCCAGACGUGAGACUUGAGUAGCAUUUGUACACAUGGCCCUGUAUUGUCCUUGAAGAACAUCAAUAAAAUAUAUGGUUUUAAAUUGGA